AUGGCAAGCGUCGGGUUAGGGGGCUUGCCGGGGGCACUGUCCGGCAGCCGCCGCAGCAACACGAGCUGGAGCUCAUCCAUCGCACGCUCGCUCCGGCAGCCGGACACGGAUGACCCCUUCCAGCGCGCCGCAUCCCGGCAUGACCAGGACGACGAGGAGAACCUCCGCUGGGCGGCCCUCGAGAAGCUUCCCACCUAUGACCGCAUGCGCCGGGCUGUCCUCCGUGACGACCACGACCAUGAGCUCCACACCCACAAUGAGGAAGGCACGGGCCUGGUGGACAUCCAGCACCUCGCCAGCGGGGAAGCUGGCCGCGCCCUGCUGGAGCGCGUCUUUCAGGAUGACAGCGAGCAGUUCCUCAGGACGCUCAGGGAGCGGGUGGAUGCGGUUGGCAUCGAGCUCCCAGCCAUCGAGGUCAGGUACCAGGAUCUCUCCAUUGAGGUCGAUGCUGUCGUUGCCAGCCGGGCGCUGCCCACACUGUUGAACAGUGUCACCAACUUCCUACAGGGCCUUAUUGGACGACUUGGCUCCUCCAACAAGAGAACCGUUCACAUACUCCAACACGUCAACGGCAUCCUCAAACCAUCAAGGAUGACUCUUCUUCUUGGACCCCCUUCUUCCGGAAAGAGCACACUUAUGCGAGCCCUUACCGGCAAGCUUGACAAAAGCCUCAAGGUAUCUGGCAGCAUAACAUAUUGUGGUCAUACAUUUUCGGAGUUCUAUCCUGAGAGGACAAGUGCAUAUAUUAGUCAAUACGAUCUCCACAAUGCAGAGAUGACUGUAAGAGAGACAUUGGAUUUCUCGAGACGAUGCUUAGGCAUCGGUUCCAGAUAUGACAUGCUUGCGGAGCUCGCCGUGAGGGAACGCAAUGCUGGCAUAAAGCCAGAUCCCGAGAUCGACGCUUUCAUGAAAGCUACUGCAGUGCAAGGACAGGAGAGUAACAUUAUUACAGAUCUUACUCUGAAGGUGCUUGGGCUUGACGUUUGUGCUGAUACCAUGGUCGGUGAUGACAUGAUUAGAGGAAUUUCCGGUGGGCAAAAGAAGCGUGUCACAACAGGGGAAAUGUUAACAGGACCCGCAAGGGCUUUGUUCAUGGAUGAAAUUUCCACUGGUUUGGAUAGCUCUAGCACAUUUCAGAUUGUAAAGUAUAUAAGGCAAUUGGUUCAUGUGAUGAAUGACACUGUGAUGAUCUCGCUCCUACAACCACCGCCUGAGACCUACAACUUGUUUGAUGACAUAAUUCUUCUAUCAGAGGGAUACAUAGUAUACCAUGGGCCACGCGAGAACAUCUUGGAAUUCUUUGAAUCUUUUGGAUUCCGAUGUCCUGAGAGGAAAGGAGUUGCUGAUUUCCUUCAAGAGGUCACUUCCAAGAAAGACCAGCAACAAUACUGGUGCCUUGCCGAGGAGCAGUAUCGUUAUGUGUCAGUCCCAGAGUUUGCUGAAAGUUUCAAGUCAUUCCAUGUAGGCCAACAAAUGCUCAAGGAGAUGCAAAUUCCUUUUGAAAAAUCCAAAACCCAUCAAGCUGCGUUGACCAUCGAAAAGUAUGGGCAACCUAGCUUGGAGUCACUCAAGGCAGUGAUGUCGAGAGAGAUGCUACUGAUGAAACGUAACUCCUUCAUCUACAUAUUCAAGGUCACCCAAUUGGUCAUCCUCGGGCUCAUGGCUAUGACUGUGUUCUUAAGAACAAAGAUGCCCCAUAGACAAAUCUCAGACGGUGUCAAAUUCUCCGGAGCUCUGUCCUUCAGUUUAAUCUCUAUCUUGUUCAACGGGUUUGCUGAGAUACAACUAACUAUAAAGACACUUCCAACGUUAUACAAACAAAGGGAUCUAUUGUUCUUCCCCCCUUGGAGCUAUGGACUGGCAAACAUCAUUUUAAAACUUCCUGUUUCGCUUGUGGAGGCCGGGGUAUAUGUCAUCCUCACGUACUAUGUGAUGGGCUUUGCACCUGCUGCAGGAAGGUUCUUUCGUCAGCUUUUAGCUUUCUUCGCUACUCACCAAAUGGCAAUGGCAUUGUUCCGAUUGUUGGGAGCUGUUUUGAAAUCAAUGGUUGUGGCCAACACUUUUGGGAUGUUUGUGCUCCUUAUUGUUUUCAUAUUUGGAGGAUUUCUCAUCCCUAGAGGUGAUAUUAGACCAUAUUGGAUCUGGGCUUAUUGGUCAUCUCCUAUGAUGUACAGUCAGAAUGCGAUAUCAGUCAAUGAGUUCCUUUCCAGUAGGUGGGCCAUUCCAAACAACGACACUUCUAUUGAUGCACCAACAAUAGGCAAGGCUAUUCUUAAAUCAGGUGGCUUGUUUACUGAAGAUUGGGGAUUUUGGCUCUGUGUAGGAGCCCUUGUAGGCUUCACUAUUUUGUUCAAUAUCUUCUAUCUUUUGGCCCUUACAUACUUGAGCCCCAGCGGUAGCUCAAAAACACUAGUUCCAGACGAAGAGAAUGAGAAUGAGACAAAAAAAGAGCAAAUAUUAGAAGCAAAUGGAACAUCUACUACGACAUCUGCAAUGCCUAUCGACACAAAUAGGGCAACCCAGUCACGAGUUGUCUUGCCUUUCCAGCCUCUUUCUCUUUGUUUCAACCAUGUAAACUAUUAUGUGGACAUGCCUUCAGAAAUGAGGGAGCAAGGAUUCGGAGAAAAUCGUCUCCAGUUGCUCUCUGAUAUCAGUGGUACUUUCAGGCCAGGAUCUUUAACAGCAUUAGUUGGUGUGAGUGGAGCUGGGAAAACCACUCUAAUGGACGUGCUGGCGGGAAGGAAAACUAGUGGAUCUAUUGAAGGAAGUAUCACCCUCUCUGGUUACCCUAAAAAACAAGAAACUUUUGCCCGCAUUAGUGGGUACUGUGAACAGACUGAUAUCCAUUCCCCAAAUGUUACUGUAUAUGAAUCCAUUCUCUACUCAGCUUGGCUACGUCUUUCAUCAGACGUUGAUGAGAAGACAAGAAAGAUGUUUGUGGAGGAAGUCAUGACCCUUGUAGAGUUUGAUGAGUUACGAAAUGCUAUGGUCGGUCUCCCUGGGGUUGAUGGCUUAUCAACUGAACAAAGAAAGAGACUGACAAUUGCCGUGGAGCUGGUAGCAAAUCCUUCAAUAAUAUUCAUGGAUGAGCCAACUUCCGGUCUUGAUGCUAGAGCCGCAGCAAUUGUCAUGCGAGCAGUGAGAAAUACAGUCAACACUGGGCGUACUGUGGUUUGCACAAUCCAUCAACCUAGCAUCGAUAUAUUUGAGUCUUUUGAUGAGCUUCUACUUUUGAAAAGAGGAGGACAUGUUAUUUAUGCUGGUGAACUUGGUCCUAGCUCUCAUAAACUAGUUGAAUAUUUUGAGGCAAUUCCAGGUGUUCCAAAAAUCACAGAAGGAUAUAAUCCAGCAACAUGGAUGCUGGAAGUUAGCUCCCCUUUAGCCGAGGCUCGCUUGGACAUGAAUUUUGCUGAAAUAUAUGCUAAUUCAUCUCUUUAUAGGGUAAACCAAGAACUUAUCAAGGAAUUGAGCAUUCCCCCACCAGGUUCUCAGGAUCUUUCUUUUCCUACAAAGUAUUCUCAGAAUUUCUACAACCAGUGUAUUGCAAACUUCUGGAAGCAAUACAAAUCUUACUGGAAGAAUCCACCCCACAAUUCCAUGCGCUUUCUUAUGACGUUGCUCAAUGCUCUUGUAUUUGGCACGGUGUUUUGGCAGAAAGGAACAAAAUUAGAAUCACAACAAGAUUUUAAGAAUCUACUUGGAGCCACUUAUGCCGCUGUCUUCUUCCUUGGUGCUUCUAAUUCCAUGACAGUUCAACCUGUUGUGUCAAUCGAGCGAACCGUUUUCUACCGUGAAAAGGCAGCAGGGAUGUACUCUCCACUAGCCUAUGCAUUUGCCCAGACAAGUGUGGAGAUCAUCUAUAACACCCUGCAGGGGAUUUUGUACACAGUCCUCCUCUAUUCGAUGAUUGGAUAUGAUUGGAAAGCAGACAAGUUCUUCUACUUCUUGUUCUUCAUUAUUGCAAGCUUCAACUACUUCACAUUGUUCGGCAUGAUGUUGGUGGCAUUGACCCCAUCUUCAAUGCUCGCGAACAUAAUCGGAGCAUUUGUAAUGCCUCUUUGGAACUUAUUUGCUGGGUUCCUCAUUAUCAGGACGGCAAUACCAAUUUGGUGGAGGUGGUACUACUGGGCUAACCCAGUGUCCUGGACAAUCUAUGGUGUUGUUGCAUCACAGUUUGGCGAGAACAAUGCUAGGCUUUCAGUCCCUGGUGGGAACCCCGUGGUAUUGAAGCAAUAUUUGGAAGAUACUAUGGGAAUGCGGCAUGAUUUCCUUGGCUAUGUUGUGCUAGCUCACUUUGCCUACAUCAUUCUCUUCUUCUUCGUCUUUGGCUACUCCAUCAAAGUCCUAAACUUCCAAAAACGUUAGGCAGUGAGCAUUUUUUUUAUUGUUGCUAUGCAGAAAUCUAGUGUGCGUUGUGCUUCUUUGUGUGUGUGUGUGUAGGUCUUGGGAUGCGUGUGUGCAUGCUUGAUAUUCAGAGAGAUUCUAUAAUCUCUGCUGGAAUUCAAUAGUGGUACACUUGUAUUACUACUACUGUUAUAUGGGAAGUACAGUGUCUAUUUUGUC